AACUUAGCACGUCUGUAUUUUCUUCUUGCAAUUUAGUGAUAAAAAACACAGUGAAUAUACCUUUUCACUUUUUGAAGUACACAUAACACUCGGAUUUAAAUCCGAGGUUUUCGCAUUUAUUUUGAUGAUGAGAACAAAUAGAGUGCUGGAAAAAUACAAUAAUUCAAAGAAGGAACAUUCUUUUCUCGACUGAAACUUUCAGGAUAUUUUCGGAGUCAUUGAUACUCAUCGACGAAGGCCAAGACGGAUGAAUCUUGUUAUGCGCUUUUUUCUAUUUGAACUGAGACAUGCCUAGAGGAAUUCGCCCACAUAAGAUUUCAGAUAAUUUUUCCUUUAUUCAUCACUUCAUAAAGUAUAUCAUGUUGUUGUGAUUGAUAAUCUUUUUUUUUCAAAGUACAUUUUUCCUUAUGAUGUUGCAAUAAGCCAGUAGGUGAUUUAAAAAUUUACCAAAAUAAUUCUGCCAAAGAGCUUGACGUUAUUCUUAGCAAUAUCGCUUGAAAAAAAAAUUAGAAUAAUUAUGAGAAAAGAAAGUUAUUAGAGUAGAAAAAUGUAUUUUAGAUACAAAGUAUUUUUAAUUUAUGUUAUUACUCAUUUUCCAGACACCUUUUACUUUGACGUUAUAUUUUAUUUAUUAUUUUUCUAGGAGGAUGAUUAUUAUCAACAACAACAACAACAAUCACGUUCAACAACAAUGAAUCGUCUUCCAACAACACAUACAACAUCAAUGAAUACGGGUAAUACAUUUGUUGCAAAAAUCAAUGAUGCACAAUUAAGUGAAGUUGCUAAUCAAUCACAAAUAUUUUUUGUUAAUAUGCCACAACAAGAUCAAAAAAAUCAACAAGUUCUAUCUGUACUUGCAUCUGAACAACAACAAGUUUUACCUGUAGCUCUUGUACAACAAGCGAAAGUUGAAGCACCAUCAUCAUCAAAUAAUUCCACAACAUCACAAAAUCAAACAUUAGCAUUUACAGUUAAACUUCCUGUUGAUGCACCUAAACAGAAAAAAAUUUUACCUAAACCAUCAACAACAAAUUCACAAACAAAUUCAUCAACAUCAGCAGCAAAUAUAAAUAAACCAUUUGCAUGGUCACGUCCACCAGGUCGUAUACAAUUAAAUAAUGAUGAACAAAAUACGGGUAAAGGUUUAACAAUAACACCAAUUAAUACAGAUUUAGAUACAAUGGAAGCCGCACAUGUUUUAGCAACAGCAGCUGAUGUUACAAUGGCUGCUGAUGCACGUCGUAAAGCUCAACAACAUGAUGAUGAUAUGUCUAUGAUGACAGAUGAAACACCAUCAAAUAUAGCUAAUGAAGAAACUGUUCAAUGUGAAGAUGAUGGACAAAAAAAUCAAAUACAACAAAUUGGUACAAUAACAGCUAAUAUUAUUGAUGAAAAUGGUGUUGAACAUACUGUUCUAUUAUCAACAGAAGAAGCACAACAAUUACUUGGUUCACAAGGAGCUAUUAUUGUCGAUGGUGGUAAGUACAGAAAAAUUUUUUAA